AUGGCUUCUCCCGUCGAGGUGACCGCAUCUCCUCUCCCUUCGGAGCAGCCUUCUACCUCUCCGCCUGAGAUCACGGCUUCCAAGGCAUAUAGGCCAAUCACCCCUUUGUCUGCCGCAGAGCUGGACAUAUGGCACUCGGAUCCCUCUGAUUGCGACGAUGACGAUGACGAAAUGUCUGACGGCACCAAGGGCAAAACACCAUUGAUGUAUGCUGUUGAGAGUGGUGAUCGAGAGCUGGUGGCACGGCUCCUCGAGGAGGGAGCCGAUGUGGACGCAACCAACUGUUUAGGGGAAUCCGCCAUCUUUUAUGCUGUUCACCACCUACAUUUCAAAGAUAUCGAUAUAGUGUCCGAAAUCUUGGCUCGUUCACCAAAGCUGAAUAUCCGCAACAAGUUCGGGCAAACUGUGAUCGACAUGGCUGCCAACACCAGUCUAGUUGUGAAGUUAAGUGAGGCUGGGGCUGACAUCGAGUUUCUGAAUGCUCAUGGUGGAACACUUAUCUCGGAUGCCAUCGCCGCGGAGAACUGGAUGAGGGCUCUGACUUUGGUGACUCGAGGAGCCAAUCCACGGUAUGAAAAUCUACCUGCUGCCGCUUUGCGGGAUUUCCGGGUUCAUGGAUAUCGUGGUGUUCCUGCGGAUGGCCUAGAGGCGCUCUCACUCACUCGCAAUCAAAGCAAUGUGGACCCAGCCGAACCUCCUGAUCAUGUUGCAGAAUUAGAAAGGAGCUUGACUGGCUUGGAUCCUUCGCUGGAAAUUGAAAAGCUACACGAGUCGUCUCCGCUUGGUCAUGCUUCUGAUAAAAGCAUGCUUGACUCGGGUUCUAAGAGAAGCCCUUUUGACCCAGAUCCUUCUCUGGAUGCCGGAAAUACUUCUCAGACUGAAGCCUCAGACAAUGCAGCAAAGAAAAUUCCGCACCUUUGCGCCUUCCUUGAUGCACCCCUCACCGUCAAGCUGCUAGAGCACCUCAAAACCCCAGAGGAGAUUCCUCUUGAAAGCAUAUUUUACCCCGAGGUGUUUUCCACUGAGUGGUCGGGUCCUCGGUGCUAUAAGCUUUUGCAAUCUCUCAUCAGAGGGGGAUAUACCCCGAACGACCCACAAGCCCGCUACAGCAUCCCCAACUUGCUUUGCGGAGCUGCUCUCAGUUGUGACGAAAAAGCAUUCAAAGUGCUUCUGGAGAAUGAUGCAGAUCUCUACCUCAAGGAUUGGGCUGGACGGCUGCCUGCUCAUUUCGCUGCUGGCAAUGCGAACUAUGACAUCCUCCCAAUGAUUCUGUCUGAAGCGCCAAGUACUCUUACGGCUCUCGACAGCACUAUGAGGACCCCACUGCACUUUGCAGCACAGUUUGGGAAUAAAGAAGCCGUGAAGCUCAUCUUAAAUCAAUGUGUAUCUGCCGAGGAGAGACGACAGCAGGUCAAUCAACCUGAUCUUGAUGGGUGGACCCCAAUCUGCUGGGCUAUCCGUGAAUCAUCUCAUCCUUUCUCUGACCCGAAUAGAUACAUGGCGACUCUGCUCACACUGAUUGAGAAUGGCGCCGAUCUGCUUGUUCGAUUCUCUAGAGGUUCGGAGAGCCAAGAGUUUGUCAAUACCCCUUGGCACCUUGCAAGGCUCUAUAGCGCCCCUGACGAGAUCGUGUCUUUGAUCCAUGAUACGGUCAGCCGUGUGGCUCCUGAUGAAAUCCAAAGCAAAUCCUGGUCGCAGCAGAUCAUGCCUUAUAUCCUGCAGCCGUAUUAUUGCUUCAAUUGUUUAGCUGUAAGUCACUGGACAUCUCAGAUGUCGCCAUAG